CUCGAACUUUGGUCACCUUCUGACUCAUAGUUAUCGAAAAUGAGUUACGUCGCCAAAGAUAAGGACUACGACGCCGCCGGCCAGCCCGCCCCAAAAAUCCACAAAAUCCGAAUCACCCUCACGAGCAGCAAUGUCAAGAACCUCGAGAAGUUCUCUACUGACUUGAUCAACCGAGCUAAGGACAAGCAGCUCCGUGUCAAGGGCCCGGUUCGUCUCCCCACCAAGGUCCUCAGGAUCACCACCCGUAAGACUCCUUGCGGUGAGGGUUCCAAGACCUGGGAUCGUUACGAAUUGAAGGUUCACAAGCGCCUCAUCGAUCUCCACUCCUCUAGCGAGAUCGUCAAGCAGAUCACUAGCAUCAGCUUGGAGCCCGGCGUCGAGGUCGAGGUUACCAUCUCUGCUUAAAUGUAAUCGAUGUACUUGUGACCUUCGUUAUCAUGAAAUGUGCGAUGUCGCUUUGUGAACCUCA